AGAAAUCCAAGGGGCGUGAAUACUUAUGAUAGGUAAGUGUCAUCAAAUAAGUUAACAAGUACAGUUAAAGCUUCAUUACAUAUUACCAUAUUACAUGUAAAAAGUGCAAAGCCUUUAAAUUUGCUUGAAAAGAUAACUGACUAUCAAAACCUCCAUUGUCUACACACCAUAAUUGAACUUUGAACGCUUGAAGAAGAAAGGGGUGUGGCUCCUAUCUGAAACAGGUUUAUGGCAGCUCUUGGCCUGUGAGCAAGUUUGAAGCCGGUGCUAUUUGCAUGAGAAAACUGGAAUCCACACCCUCCAUCCACAGAGUGCUUCUCAUGUUGAGACACCUCCUUGUCUUUGUUACUUCKGUUGGCAGAUAUCAGCUUUUGCUCCAAUACGUCUAAACAGUCGGAAGAAUACAUAGAAAAAUGCAGUACUGGAAUUUAUUGGGAAACUACAAGAGGAUUUUUCUAUAACUCAUACUUUUAAUCAUCCACCAUCUGUAACAGAACGCACUAAGCCACUCUUAUGAUGGAUUCCCAACAACUCUCCCUGCUGUCCUCCUUGAAGGAAGAGUUGAAGCCUGAAGAUUACAUUCAGCCCCACUAUAAGGAGGCAUAUCGCCUUGCCAUUGAUUCCCUGGUGAAUGACGGCAGAGAGAGCUACCAGGAGUUCCUCAAGUCCGAGCGGAUAGGGAGCUUCCUCUCAGAAGAUGAACUCCACUUCAUCACUACAAACGCCUCACAGCCAUUGCCUAGCAACCACACAGAAGAAAUUGAUGGCCCAGCUCCGGACGCUGCGGCCAGCAAGUCUUCAACUGGAACGUACUGGCCUGUGGACUCUGACAUAGCAACACCUGACUUGGAGUUAGGGUGGCCGGAGGUCAUGCCUGAUAGACUGCAAACCAAUAUAAAUCUGUUCUUCCAUCCACCCAGACUAAACAGACCCACCAUCAAAGAGGUGAUCCGGAAACACAUUCAGGAUGCCAGACAGGUUAUUGCAAUUGUAAUGGACAUUUUUACAGAUGUGGAUAUAUUCAAAGAGGUGGUUGAUGCCUCCACCAGAGGAAUUCCAGUUUAUGUGCUUCUGGAUGAAUUUCAUCUGCAAAGCUUUCUCUUAAUGGUUGAGAAUCAAGACAUCCAAAUCCCAAAACUUAGGAACAUGAGAGUACGGACAGUGAAGGGUCAGGAUUACCUCUGUCGUUCAGGAGCAACAUUUCAUGGAGCAAUGGAGCAGAAGUUUCUGUUGGUGGACUGCCAAACAGUGGUGUAUGGAUCAUACAGCUUCAUGUGGUCCUAUGAGAAAAUCAACCUGAGUAUGGUGCAGGUCAUAACAGGCCAGCUGGUGGAGUCCUAUGACGAGGAGUUUAGAACGCUCUUCGCCCGUUCCUUCGUGCCAGCAGUUCUCACCCCUCCCGAGACUGUGCUACUAGAACGGAAUGGAAGACAUGCUCGGGCAAAGUAUGCUUCUGAAUCCAGACAAGCCUUUGAGAGGAAGGACCAGUUGAGACAUACCCUGGACACAGUGUACAGGAAAGCCUGUGAGAGACAGAUGGGCAUGACCAGCCAUAUCGGAGAGAUGGAGGAGAGACUUUAUGACAAGGAGCCAUUUGAACACAGACCCAUGAUAAAUCACGGCGAGAGUGUUCAAAACCGCAUCCAUCAGUUCCAGUCUGCAGAGACUGUGAACUUCCUGAAAAGGCACAGUUAUGCUGGGGAGAGACAAGAAGUCCCAUAUGUUCCACACAACACAAGGUAUGGGGCAAGCAACUGGAACGUGGCUGGAGAUGGAGGUAAUCACUGUGCUCCUGGAAGAAGCCACUUUUCCAAUGCUUUGGAAGACCAUUCUCAGGGGGCACAGAUAAUCAGAGGUCGCAAUUUUCGCCAGUCCUACCACGGGAAUGACAAACAAAUCCGCUCUAUGCAGCAGAACAUGCCAACUUUGAAGAACACAGCUAAGUCCUUCUUGCGCACAUAUAGGAUUGAGUCUUACCUCAAUAACACUGAUGAUCCUAUUGGGGAAUCCUGUGACUAUCUGGACCAGUAUGAAGCACAGGAAAACAAAACUAGCUCAUUGAUUCCUUCCAGACUUAGGUCAUCCCUUGUUUUCAAGUCCACUAUUCCAGAGAAACCGGAGACAAACAGUCACUCAAACAACUCUUCCUCUUCCAUACGUCAGGUCGACCCCUCUGCAAAGCCAAAUAAUGCACCGUAUUACUCUUCAAUGCAAUUGCAAUGGAAUCCAGCAACAUCGAUGGAAAACAGAAUGAGACAAGAUGAAUACAUAAUGAAAAGGCGGAGUCUGCAGAUUUUGGAUGAUCCUAGGAAUAACAUUGGCUAUGGCCAAGGAAGAGACCCAUAUCAGUCGGUCUAUGCCUGCCUGGGAAGAACCAAAGAGGGACUGGUAAUGAAAGCCCCUGAGCUCCUUCAAGAUAACUGGCACAAAAGACACAGUGUGGCAGACUCAAAGACCAACAGUGACUACAGAGUCAAUAAAGAGUCCUCCAGUCACAUGUAUGGUAGGACCUUUGGGAGGAGUCAGCCAGAUGGUGGUGGAAUAAGAUUGGGUGCACAGAAUGGAGGAUAUUCUUCAAAUUUGAACAAGGAUCAGAGAUCUGUCUCUCAUUAUGACGUCAAAAACGUUGUGGACACAAAGAGCCCCCCUGUUUCUAUUUGGCAAGAGCCUCCCUCCAGAACUGUGUCUGCAGCAGCCCURGAUYUGAACAGCAAAGAGCCCACUUACAAGUCCACCAGCACAGCAUUGGGUUCACCACAUUUCCUCAAGAAGAGCACCAAGCAAAUCAGAUCAUUGCUCAAAAUACCYGAGAAAAAAGGGGGUUCCCCUAAAAGGGGUGGUAGCUCAGACACCAUAGUCACUGACGAAGAGGUACAAAGACCAGAGAGAGAGAGGAAGGUUGCAUCACAGAGUAGCAUGCUCCAGAUGGACAAGAACCACUGUGCAGAUGAUAUAGGGUUAUCCUCAACCCCUCGUUUUAGCACUGAAGAGCUGCACCAAAAUCUUCCUGACAGAACUAAAUCCAUGGGGACACAGGGGCAGCAUACUUCCAUUGAUAAAACGCAUGAAAGAGCAAGGCUUGCGUCAGGAAAUUGGCGUAGCGAUCGGGGUGGCGAUAGUCGUUUGUAUAGCAGAUUUGAGCCUUUCUGUUCAUUGGAGAAGGAGCGACCCCAUUCCUCACAAUCUGCAACAGGCCCUGCCCCCAUACACUCCCCAGAGAGGACCAAGAGCAUGUACUCUGCUAAAAGUAACUUCACCAAUGAACAACACAACCACACUGYCCAGCAGACAUAUAGCCACCAUGAAAACAAACUGGGCAAAUUCAUACAAAGAGUGGGGCAUUUCAUUCACAAAAAUAAGUAGUAGAAAAGAAAGUUAGCAUAAUACAACAUG